AUGAGAAGAAAGACAAGAAAGUUCGAACAUAAGGCGUCCGAAGACAGUCAAUCACCCACAGAAGGGAGUGAGCGAGAAUGUGAAAACGAUGGUAGUCAGGGUUGUGACUCUCCGGCACAUGAGAGAGCUCACAGUGAAAAGAGACGGUAUGUGUGUACAGAGUGUGGGAAAGCCUUUAGUCAGAGUGCCAACCUCACCGUGCAUGAGAGAAUCCACACAGGAGAGAAACCGUAUAAGUGUAAGGAAUGCGGGAAAGCUUUCAGUCAUAGCUCCAACCUUGUGGUUCAUCGGAGAAUCCACACUGGACUGAAGCCAUACACAUGUAGUGAGUGUGGCAAGUCAUUCAGUGGUAUGUCACAUCUCAGCCGGCACCGGGGCAUCCACAGCGGAGAGAAGACAUUUGAAUGUAAAGAGUGUGGGAAAGCCUUCAGUCGGAGUUCAGGACUUAUCUCCCACCACAGAGUUCACACGGGAGAGAGGCCCUACACUUGUAUUGAGUGCGGGAAAGCGUUUAGCAGGAGUUCAAACCUUACUCAACAUCAGAGAAUGCACAGGGGCAAAACCAUUUACAAAUGUAAAGAGUGUGGGAAAACCUGUGGCUCUAACACGAAGAUUAUGGACCAUCAGAGAAUUCACAGUGGAGAGAAGCCGUACGAGUGUGGCGAGUGUGGGAAGGCCUUCAUCUUAAGGAAGGCCCUUAGUGAACACCAGAGACUUCAUCGUAGAGAGAAACCGUAUAAAUGUAACGAGUGCGGGAAAGCUUUUACUUCUAAUCGAAACCUCAUCGAUCAUCAGAGGGUUCACACCGGAGAGAAGCCUUAUAAAUGUAACGAAUGUGGGAAAACCUUCAGGCAGACAUCUCAAGUGAUUCUACAUUUGAGAACCCAUACUAAAGAGAAACCGUAUAAAUGUAACGAGUGUGGGAAAGCCUAUCGUUAUAGCUCACAGCUUAUUCAGCAUCAAAGAAAGCAUAACAAAGAGAAAGAAUCCUUAUUGUUUGUGGGUCAGGUUUGA